AUGAAAGAGAAAGACUCUCUUCAAACGACCAACUGCCAACGACCUAGAGGUACUUCAGGUUUGCUUGCAAUUUCGCGUGCAUCCCUCAUACCUGCAUCGCUGAAGCAGCUUUCCGUGGCAGUUUUUGCUGCAACUCUGAGCAUGUACACCGUGGAAAUGUGGGUCUCCGAGCAGUUCAUGGGGCUCCUUCUUUGGUGCGGUUUCCUCACGCCUGUGUGGCUGGUGGAAUUUGAGCGCCUCAAGAAUGCGGACGCCGCGAAGCGCACCAAGCUCUUAAGCCAAGGCUUUUCAGGAAUUAUGGAUGCAGCUUGCGCGUCGGAGAUCGAUCAGAGAAAUAUCCAUGCAGAGAUCCUGCAGAGCGGCAUGAUGCAAGAAGUGGAAACAGCAGUGGACGUGUUGCUGUCAAGCAAUUCCUCAACGGUGGAGCUUCAACGCACAGUUGCGUUGGUGGGCCAGUUGGGGGAUGUGACGAAUUUCUCUCGGAUGCGAGUCCUGGUGGGGGUGAUUUUCUGGAUUGAAUUUCCCAUUCUGAAUUAUGUGGCCUACAUGCGGCCGACUCGAGAAACUCCAGAUCCCCCGCUCGAACCGGCCCUAAGCAGCUUUCUGAUGGCACUGCAGGGCUGCCUUUGGCUCUUGCUUUUUGCGUGCCUCUCUACACUUCGAAGGAGUUUUGCGACAGCAUUGCUGAAUUUGUGGUUAAUAUGUUUGCCUUUGAUGCCACAGUGGGCGUUUAUCGGCGGAAGGGGAGAGGCAUACUCCCUGCUUGGGGCUUGGUGUAUCGGCCCUUUCAUUUUGAUCGCUUCUGUGGCUGGCCCCUUUCGCGUGGCUCGGGUGCCUUUGGUAGGAGUGCCGAUUGUAUGGGCUUGUCUCGGGCGCUGGACACGAUGUUGGAGGCAAAUUGGAUCGGAAGGGAGAGCAACAGAGGAGAUCCAAGAGUCCAAGGAGAGCAACAGUUCGGUGCCAGAAGAGGAUCUUCAAGACUAUUUUUCCACGUAG